AUGGCAGACCGACGAAGAAUUAGGUUGACGUUUGGUGGUCAUGGUGGCGGCGGUAACGGCGGCGAACCGAUUGAGGGUUCUGGUCCUCGUCAUGCAAGAUCAAGACGUUUGAAUGCGUCUGUUAGGAGGGAGUUAGGUGGUGCAGGACCUUCACAAGCACUGUUUCACCAUGAGCAGCAGUAUGAGACUGCUGGUACUUGGUCGGGAGAGCAUCAGUCACAUGGGAGCGCCCCCAUGUAUUCGUCUACUGGAGUGCCUUCAUCUGACGAUGAGGAUGAAGAGCAAGGAAGUCAAGCUGCUAGAGAUGCACAAUAUGACCCUCAGGAUUACCGUACUGUGUAUAGGGGUGGCCAUGGGAGAUAUGUUAGUAGUAGUGAACCAGCUCAAGCUUCUACCAGCUCGUCAGAGUCAUGGGUGGUGCAGGAGCCGAUGCCAGGUGGGCCUGAGGAUGGUACUGUUAUUCCUAGUUUUGGGGGUCACGUGGCUGCCUACAUAUGGGUUGGGCAGGAGCAAAAUGUUCAGUGGUGUUUGAGCAGGACACAAUUGUGUUCAGAAUUGGGUAAUUGGAGUGGUCGUCUUGCGCAGGAGCACCUGGAACUGAUUGAUGGCAGUGGUCUAUCUCACUUACCCGAGAUCAUGUUCAGGCGAUUUGACUGGCCCUUGAUUUCUGUUUUUGUUGAGAGAUGGCAGCCAGACACGAACACGUUUCACAUGCCAUUUGGGGAGAUCACGAUCAUGCUGCAUGAUGUGUAUCAUAUUCUAGGGCUUCGUGUUGAUGGUUCCAUGGUUUCCACUACUCCUAGCAAGGACGUUUUACGGGACGCGUGCUCGAUUACCUUGGAUAUGACUGCGGAAGAGCUGAAUGAGAAGUGCAGUACUAAGACCGUAUGGCAGGGUAGUGGGGUGCUGACUGAGAGGAUAAUGGAGUCGACCUUGGAGGCGCAGAGUCCCUUCAGUUUCCAUUACAGGGCGUACCUGUGGUUAGUACUUGGCAGAUGUUUGUUUUUGCACAAGAGUGGAAACCGUACUCAUCCUUCCUUCCUCAACGAGCUUUUUGUUGAGGAUGUUCAGAUUAGUGACUACUCCUGGGGUUUUGCUGUGCUAGCAUACAUGUACCGGCAAUUGGGUACAGCAUCACGAAAAGAUGCUGAUUCUAUCGCCGGCUGUCUUACGCUUCUGCAAGCGUGGAUCUACGAGUACUUUCCGUGUUUUUGGCCUCAGCAGGGGACCUUGAUCAGAGAGCUUACUGUUCUUCGUGCGUCCGCCUGA